GCCGGCUAUCAGUCUAUAACUCUAUACAGUCCACGGACAUCAAAAUAUUAUGCGCAUUUUCAACAUGGAGUGUUUAAAGAUGUGCGUCGUCGUGGGCUUGGCGCUGACCGCUGUACCGGGUCGGCCCGCGGAUGCAGCACCGCCACGGGUCGGUGCUUACGUCUACCAACAACAUAAACGGAGCCCCGCCGAUCCGAACGUGGACUUUACUUCUGCGUUGUCGACGAACUUCGGUGGUUUCAGUCCGUCUUCAACGUUACCGGAUUUCGGUUACGGUUCCGGUUUCCCAUCCACCGCAGCAAGCUUCGGGUUCAACGAUGUUCCCAGCGGCUUACUGCAUUUAUCUCACCCAUUUUCCGGCACUACGUUUGGCUCCGGAUUCGACUCGAUAGGUUAUCCAUUUUCUGAGUCCACGCUUAACCAGCUUCAAUUCAAAAGUACACUUGGUUCCGGUUCAUCACCGUCGCUUCCGGUCGAUAUAAAGUAUAAUCCAAAGGUCAGCAAUCCCGAUCUUCAGCAAUCCCGUUUCUAUGGACUUCCAGCCACUGAGUCCGUGAAACCAACUGGUCAAAGGGCAGUUCCACUACAACAGACUGGACCUAAUGAACAGCGAGUUCCAGCGGAGUCAUUUAACUCCGCUCUUGGCUCAUUUGCUCCACUGCAACAACCAUAUCCUACAGGCACCGCAUUUGUACCACAAAAGCAAUUGUAUACGGCUGCAAUAUCUGUGCCAUUUCAACAGUCAUACCCAUCCACUGCAUCUGCUUCCCUACCACAGUCGUAUCCGGCUUCCACAUCUGUGCCACAACAACAGACAUAUUCAGCCAUCUCGUCUGCUCCACAGCAACAGUCAUACCCAGCCACUGUAUCUGCUUCACAACAACAAUCAUAUGUAACUGAAAUAACUGCACCAAUACAACAGUCAUAUCCAGCCCCAGCAUCUAUACAACAGCAACAGUCAUACCUAGCCACCGAAUCUGCACAACAGCAACGUCAGCAACAAUCAUAUUCGACUUCUGCAUCUGUACAACAGCAACAGCAGUAUCCGAUCGCCGAAUCUGUACCACAGCAACAGUCAUAUUCAACUUCCCUAUCUAUACCUCAGCAACAAUCGUAUUCUUCUGCAAUUUCUGCCCCGUUUCAACAACCAUUUUCAACCAUCACGUCUGCUCCACAACAAUCAUAUCCGGCUUCUGUAUCUAUACAACAGCAACAGUCGUAUCCAGCUUCUGUAUCUGUACAACAGCAACAGACGUAUCCGGCCGUCGAAUCUGUACCACAGCAACAGUCAUAUCCCGCUACUACAACUGUAUUUCAGCAACAAUCAUAUCCAGCCACCUCCGAAGAUUUCCGAAUUUCCUCAUACCAACAACCUGCAGAUAGCGGUACAGCUGGUCCAUCGAAAACUUCUGACACUGGAUCCGUACCGGAUUUAGCUUUGGAAUUGAGACCACCACCGUACACCGCGCCUGCAUCGCCAGUCGAUUACCAGUCACCUCCGGCAUCUUCCUAUUCACCCGCCGACAGUAAUAAAGAUAAUAAAUAUCCCGUUAACGAUUUCGGCUUGUCAUCGGCCCCCGCGGCUGGAACUUCCAGUCAAACCCAAGUAUUCAGCACCUCGAACAAUAGACCGCUUCCCGGAAAUACCAAUGAUUUCCUUGCGGCACGUUCAAAUGCCAAACCUGAUCAGACCCACACAGAUGUCUAUUACACAGCCCCUGUUCCAGUUACGGAUGGUUCGAAUAGUGCACCAAGCAACGCUCCCAAUUACUAUUCCGUUCCUAGCAUAUCUUAUUCUUUAACCAGUACCGCGAACGGUGGGUUUGCCGGUUCAACAAGCGCACCACCAGCUGCCCCGAUUGGAACCGACCGUAGUGUGUCUGCAGCUAACCCUACGGGUGGCCAAAACCCAUCGUAUCUAGACACUAACUCAAUUCCAAGUGUGACUUACACCAGCUCAAAUUCAAUUUCCGCAAACUCGUAUGGCGAAACCAACUCAAUCAAAAGUAGUUCUUAUACCACACCCGGUACUCCGAUUGCCGUAAACCCAUACAGCGACUACAAAUUCAGUACAGAAAAUUUUUACGGUGACUCGAAUUCGAUUUCGCUCAAUAACAAACGUGAAUCGUCCACUGUCAACUCGUCCUAUAAACCUCCGUUACGUAUACAAUACUCAAACGAUGCGGGCGAUUAUAAAACUAUACAGUAAGAACAUAUUUAGACAGACUGUGAUGAGUGUAACUUAACGAUAAACAUGUAUAUUUUUGUUUUUAUAAUUUAAUAUAUUUUUAGUGCUGUUAAUUUAAGUUUUUGGGGGAUAUAAUACCUAUGUGCCUAUAUUUCUUUUCAUUAUUUAUAAAUUUUAAAAUAAUAAUGCCGAUCAUUAAUUUUGUAUUAUAUACCUGUUUAACUAUGUUUGUAGUCAGAUGAAGAUGUGUAUACUUACCUUUUUUGUAGUAUAAAAAAUAUUUGUAUUAAAAAUUCAGUUUUGAUAUUUUUAUUUCUAAAUUUUGGUUUUUUUGUAAAAAUGGAACGACUGAAUAAACAAAUAUGCCAUAUGGACUAUACUCUCGAACGAUAAAGAUAAAUCAGAAGGAUCAGAAACUGUUAUUAAGACAAUGAAUAAUAAAAUAAUAUAAUAUAAAAAUAAAAUAUGUGUAAAUAUCUUAAUCUUUCUACAAUAUUAAAAAAAAAAAUGCAAUAUAAAAAUCAACAAACACGUUUCCAUAUUUGUGUUUCUUAUAAUGUAACAAUU